AUGCUCUUCAAGGGAAAACAAAGGACCACAACAUGCCCUCAUUUGCCUGGAGGGGCUUCGCCAGCAAAACUCAUUGCGGGCGCUGGUGCUGAGACGAAAAAUGGGGCUGGAGAGGCUGUCCAAACUGCUCAGACAUGCGAGGUUUGUGCCCAGGAGAAGAAGGCGGCAAGAGUUUACCGAGCAAAAAUAAUCCUGGGCCUCGUGUUGCCGUUUACGGUGCAGGCUUUUGAUAUGACGAUUAUCGCAAGCCCUCUCCCAUGGAUCGCGGUCGAGUUCAGCGAAAUCACACAGCUUAACUGGAUCGUCACCGCCUUCAACUUAACAUCGGCGGCUUUCAUCCCCGCCUGGGGCCACUUCGCCGACAUAUUCGGGAGACACUGGUCCCUCCAAGCAGCUGUUUUCAUCGUCAUGGGCGUGGGGGCUGCUGGCAUCGGCGUGAUCAUUCGGGUCAUCCUCGCCGACAAGGUGUCUCUGAAGGAGAAUGCCAAGAACAAUUCGAUAUUUUCUUUAGUUGCGGGUGUUUCGUCUGGGGCCGGACCGGUCCUCGGAGGCGUUCUCACCCGCGCAAACUGGAGAUGGUGCUUCGGAAUAAACCUCCCCGCGUGUGCUGUAACAUUCAUUAUCGUCUUUCUGAUCCGAUCCGUCCUCCUUGGGCCGCAGCCCAUUCCGGGCCUGGAUGAGCAUGGCACGGGCGGACAGUCGCCACUUGCGCGUCGUCUGAAAACGAUCGAUGUCGGCGGUGAAAUCCUAUCCAUCUCCGGCGUCGGGCUUAUGAUUUUGGCCUUUACCUGGGCAGGAGCUACCUACGACUGGGACAACGCGGCUGUUCUUGUCCCUCUCAUCAUCGGCGCGCUGAUGACGGCCGGUUUCAUCCUCUGGCAGUAUAUGAUGGCCACCGGCAAGCUGCUGUCACAGUUGUUUCCUCUCCAGCGGCCCAUGCUAGCUUGGGAACUUCUGAGGCAACGGAAUAUUAGCCUGCUCUUCUUCAUCAACUUCGCAACGGGGGUAGGCAUGUACGCAGUACUUUAUUUCGUGAACCUCUACUUCACAAUGGUCAGGGGCCACAACGCGUCUUCUGCCGGCGUUCAACUCUUAUACUAUACGCCAGGACUUGGAGUCGGCGCGUAUUUGGCCAUGUACAUGUGUAAUGUAUGGCCGCGGAACACCUGGUGGCCCAUCCUCUUAGGUUCGACGAUUGAAUGCGCAGGAGUCGCCGCUUUGGCGUAUGCAAUUUCUAUCGACCAUAAGCGGACUGUGUACGGCAUGAUGGCACUGGCUGGUGUUGGGACCGGCUUGCGAUUUAUGCCAGGAACCAUUCACGCGGUCGGUUUCUGUCCAGGUCACAUCUCAUCUAUUGUGGCGUUCAUGGGAAUCGCCAUGCCGUUUGGUGGCAUCCUCGGUAUGACCAUUAUGUCGACUGUCUUCAACAACACCUCCCACCUGUCUCGUAACUCCCCAUAUCGCGAUUUCUCUGCUUUACCCCAGCUACCUGCGGACAUUCUCAGACAAGUUAGGGAAGACGCAAAGAUGGGUAUAGUGUGGGCAUUCGUUGCCAUCACGCCAAUCCUGUUUAUGUGCAUGAUUACUGCGUUGGCUUUAGGAAAUGUCAACAUCACAAAGGAUGAUAUUCAUUCCGGCGAUGAUGCCUACAAGGCGAAUCUGACUGAAGAGAGUUACCUAUAUACUAUACUUGGACGAAGAAGCCAGAAAACCACAGAAUGA